AUGGACUCAGACGACGAACCUUUGACUCUUUCCUCCCACGCUUUAGCUGCCCUUCAACAAUUUAAAGACGAGGAGGAAACUCGGAAAAAACAAUUUGAGAAGUUGUAUCAAGAGCUGGAGGACAGAUUCGAAGACCAGCAAGUCAGUAUUGAUGAUUUUAAAGAGGAUUGGCAACUUUCUCAGUUCUGGUAUAGCGACGAAACAGCUGAGAUUUUAGCGAAAGCACUUCUUGAGGGAGCGGAUGAGGACACUAUCAUUUGUAUUGCAAGUGCCCCUUCUGUCUAUGCUGCCAUCAGGAAGCUACCAAAGGAACUAGUACCUACAAAACAUAUUUAUUUGCUUGAAUAUGACAAGCGGUUUUCUGUUUUGGCGGGCAAGGACCACUUCUUUUUCUACGAUUACAACGAGCCAGAUAAUAUUCCUAGCGUGAUCAGGAACAAAUGCCACAGAUUACUUAUAGACCCACCAUUCUUGGAAAGGGAGUGCCAGACCAAGUCUGCUCAGGCAGCUAGAAACCUUUUGUCCUCUGAUGAUGGUCUGAAAACAAAAAAUGGAGAUCGCAAGUUCAAAUUAAUCUCUUCAACGGGAGAAAGAAUGAGAGACAUUAUCAAGGAAACAUAUCCAGAAACUCACCUCACUUCGUUUUUACCGGAGCACAAGAAUGGCUUGAGCAACGAAUUCAGAUGCUACGCCUCAUUCGAAUGUCCAUACUGGAACUUCGAUGACAAUGUGUAA